CAGUCGCAACAUGAGCAGCACGUCUUCGUAUCAAUCCACCAAUGCUAUGGUAGAUGCUUUUAAAAAUAUUCAAAAGGGUAUAAAUGGUCUGACAAGAUCCAAAUCCCUCGCUAGCUGUAAUCAGUAUGACUUUAGACCAGAACCUGAUGUGCAUAUCCCCAUCUACUCGUACAGCUGCGUUGAGUGGGCAUUCAAAAAGCAUAGUGACGUCUUGCCUGUGCAGGCUAGAGGCUUGUUUGUAAGACAAGUCCCAGAUGUGCCUGGAAGCUGGAUGAUUGUUGCUCGUGGAUACGACAAGUUUUUCAAUGUCGGAGAAGUCCCUACCACUACAUGGGACUAUAUUGAAAAAAAUGCUGUCGGUCCGUAUGAGAUCACACUCAAGGAGAACGGAUGUAUUAUAUUUAUAGCUGCAGUCGAGGGCCAUAUUUUAGUUACAUCCAAGCAUGCAUUGGGUCCAUCCAAGGAUUCAAACCGAGAAGCUCCGUCUCAUGCAGACAUGGGAGAAAGAUGGCUGGAUACCCAUUUAAAACAGUCUGGUUCAACUCGCAAGGAAUUGGCCGAGUUUCUUACAGAACACAACAUAACUGCUGUGUUUGAGCUUGCCGAUGACGAGUUUGAAGAGCAUAUUUUGGAGUAUCCACCUGACCGUCGUGGUCUGUAUUUGCAUGGAAUCAAUCAAAACACUCCCGAAUUUAUCACUUGGAGUGUUGAAAGACUUUCAGUGUUUGCAAAAAGAUUUGGAUUCUUUCUGGUUGAAUUUCUAAUCAGAGAUACUGUAGCAGAUAUUCGUGCACUGGCAGAGGAAUGUGGAAAGACAGGAAGCUAUAAAGGUCGUCCGAUUGAAGGGUUUGUUGUACGCAGUCAACUAAAUACGCACGGUUUGAGCAAAACAUCGCAGCAAGCGACUUAUCUAUUUAAAAUCAAGUAUGAUGAGCCUUAUCUUAUGUUCCGCGAAUGGCGUGAAGCUACAAUGGCUAUUUUACAUGGUCGAGCAGAUCGCUUCACGCCGCGUCAUGCACUCACAGGAAAUUACAUGGCAUGGGUGGUUAAUAAGCGUAAAGAGAAACCGCAUUUGUUUGCCAAGUAUACUCAGAUGAAGGGAAUUAUUUACACUCGCAACUUGUUUUUACGUGAACAAGGACUGAAAAGUAUCUGUGGCAGUGAGAUAUUGAAACUUGCUAAUGAGAGUUAUGUCCAAACAGAACAUGCAAGUCUGCUUCCAUCCACAGGAACUAAUGGUUCUACCUCGAUUUCUUUGAAUGGUAUUGACAGUGCAAAUCAAAAGAUUUUAUUGGUGCCUAUUGCGACUGUUGGGAUAGGAAAGACUACUCUUGCACGGGCGCUAGCAAACAUGUUCCCAAUAGAGCACGUUCAAAGUGAUGAUAUCAAAUCAAAAAAGGGGACUGCUUCGCUUUUUCUAGCCAAGGUUAUCAAUUCAUUCAAAACCAAAGACAUUGUGUUUGCUGAUCGCAACAAUCAUCUCUAUCAACAUCGUGAAAAGUUGUCAAUCUCGUUUAGGGGGGCAUAUCCAAAUGGAAAGUUGGUUGCAUUAGACUGGGGUGUGGAAAAGGCUGACAAAAACGAGCUGAUCCGUCUCACUACCAAUCGAAUCAAUAGCAGAGGUGACAAUCACCAAACAUUGACUUCAAAAGAUCCAAAGUUGCGCGGCAUAAUUCAUGGGUUUGUCAACAAACGAUCACGUUUUGAUAGGUUGAAUCCAGCCGACUCCAUGUUUGAUCAAGUUAUAUCUCUUAAUGUCAAAAACUCUGUAGCUCAAAAUGCCGAGUUGAUUAUUCAAGCACUUGGAUGGAAAUCUCCGGAUCCAUCGGAUAUGGUAUCAUCAGUUCAAUUUGCUUUAGAAUACAAACUUCCAGCUAAUCAAUCUUUGGCCUCUAUAUCAUCAGCUGCACAAUCCAUUAAUAACCGGCCAAAAAACACUCUGCCCGAAUCUACCGACGCCAAUUUAGUUUCUCUGACUCAAAAUCUUAAUAUCUCUGGCCUACCCAAAAAAAAGCGACCUCGGUAUUUUGCCAUCAAAAUUGCUGAAGAUCUGGAACCAAUUUUAGAAACACUAUUCAGUGAUUCUAAAUUGGCUUUGGAUGGAUUUUGGUCUAAAUUGGUGAAAAGCGGACGAGUUGAUGCCCAUAGGAAAAAUGGGUGGCAUGUUACGCUUGGAUUUCAAAACACGGGGGAUAUAUACAACAGAUAUCUAGAGUGGUGGUAUCGUACUGCUAUUAAUGGGAAAAUAAAUGGCUCGGCUUCAUUGAAGUCAGAGCCGAACAGCCAAAUCGACGCGCUUACUCUUGGCGAUGCUGAUAAAUAUCUAUUCUCCCCUAUGCAGCCUGUUCAAGUAUGUAUCAAAAAAAUUGCAUGGGAUGGCAUGCUUAUGGCAAUUGAAGUGACUGGAACUUAUCCAGAAAUGCCUUGUAGCAACAAAAUCCCGCAUAUUACUGUUGCAACAAUUAACAACUCUGUAAAACAUGUCAAGAGCAAUCUGAUGCUCGAACUUGCAAACAGUGGCUCCACUUCUUUGGAAAUCCAUACAUUAACGUUUCCCACAGAAAUUGUGCUAAAUGGAACACUUGAAGGAAUGUUUUAAUAUUUGACUACAUUUUUUGCUUGUUGAUUGCGAUUUGCAUAGACAUGAAUGUAUAUGUCACUAGCAUUGUGAUUUUUCUUGCAAUUUAUUCAUCAAAAGCUAAUAAACAUACUCGCUUAUUAAAGUGU